UGCGGUGUUGUUAUUAGCAACAGAAACAAGACGACCAUUUUGUAACAAAGACUUCAACUUUAUAUUUUUCUGUUUUCGUGGUUAUAAUAGCGUAAAUAUGGCUCCAAAAAAGAAGAAAUCAGGAAAGAAGAAAUUAGCAAAGAUGACUGAGGAGGAGAGGCGUAUUUAUAUGGAACAAAAGCGAUUAGAGGAGGAAGAAAUGCGGAAAAAGAAAGAAGAUAUGUUGACACAAUUUCUAAAAGAUAAAUUAGCGAAAGAAGAAAAAAGUUCGAGGUUUAAUCUAAACAAAUUGCAAAAUCAAUGGAGAGUCAUCAUGAGAGAAGCCAAAGCUCAAGAUUUGAAAAAAGACAUUGAAAUUCUCAGUCAGACGUUUGAGCGAGUGAUUGACAGGAAGGAAGCCAUUAUAAAGUCCCUUGUAAAGGAUAUCGAGGAGGCGGAGGAGCAGUAUCAGAUGGCUCUACGGAGUCAUCUGCAAAACGUCGAUAGACUCAUAGAUCUUCAAUACAGACGGUUGCAUGAACUUGGUAGUGAAUUUAACCAAGAACAAGAAAUACUAAAGGAGGAAUUUGACACAGAAAGGGCUAGGAUUGUCUCACAGCACAAAAAAGAGAUGCAUGACAUUCAAGACAUCAUGUUUGCCAUGGAAGAGGAGUGGAAUGAACAAGACAGUGAAGCCAAACAGGACUUUCAAAGCCUCCGUGAUGAGAUCAAGAAUAAGAAUAUUGAAGAGAAGCAUGCUCUUAGGAUUCAACUGGAAGGGACAGUGGAGGACUUAUGGAGGCAAUUUCAACAGGCUCUGAAAAACUAUAAUGAAACCACAGAAGAGAGAAAGUUAGCAUUUGAGAACCUAAAAGCCAAAGAUGAGAAAAGUGCCAAAGAGAUAGAGACACAGAUGAGAAAACUACAAAGAAUACAGGACAACAUUUCCCAGCUUAAAGCCAAGAUGGCAUCCAAUGCAAGGGAGUGUGAUGAAAGAAAUCGAAUGAUAAAAGAGCAAAGAGAGGUGGUUGGUGCACAGUUCCAUGAACUUAAAGCUGAGAUGAACAAAAUGCGAGAAGCAGAGAGAGCUCAGCUGACUCAACUCACACUACAGAGUAACGCAGCCAUAAAAGAGUUACAGAGAAAACAUGAAAAGGGUGAAAGAAUUUUGAAGUUGUCUGAGAUGUGUCGCAAGCUGGAGACAGAACAGGAGAAGGUGUUGCCAUUCUAUGCUUCCUCCCUCGGUGUCGAUGAAGAGGAGGAUGUAGCGGCUGCAAUGCAGGAGGCACCCUCUGAACCACUGGCAGAGGUUUUGCAUGAAUACUCAUCCUUAGAGAAUUUCUGGAAGCGCUACAAUAAGGUUCUUCUUGACAAGCUUGCAUUGGAUAAAGAAAAGCACACUUUACUACAGGAGAAUCAGCAGCUAAGAGCUAUUCUCAAGCAAUACCUGGAUGGUAUUUCAGUAAACGAUGAAAUUCUCAGCAAUAAUAACCCACUUUUCAUUGUUAAUAGCAAGACCAAUGUCAAGUUAUCUAUUCCUGUCAUGGAUCCCAGAAUCAAGAGAUCUGGCCCAACAGUUGUGGAAGCGGCACAUGUCAUCAAGCACACAAUCUAGGCUGCUCAAUUUAGAAGAGGGAGGUGUAAAUAGUAGAUAUGUUAGAUUUUUAUCCUUGUAAAUAAAAGGAGUGCUAUUA